AUGGAUGGAGACAGCCACGCUGAUGAGAUGUCGAAGCUAAGUAGAGAGGAGAGCGAGGCCAGAUUCGAGAUAGUGGAGUUGCAGAUAGAAUUGGAGCACAUGGUGAGAAGCAACCAAAUAGAAACACAGAUGAGAGAAAUGACUUUCGAACUUGAAAAGCUCAGACUAGAACGGGAAAUCAAGCGUAAGGAAGUUCGGAGACUCGCGGAACAACCAGUAGACUCAGAUGAAACGUUAAUAACCAACUUGCAGCUCCUUGCUAACGUAGCAGUGGCCAGUACCACCGCCAAGACAACUCCCACGGAUGAGGAUGCUGACACAACUAGUACUAGCAGACCCCCACCGGAGGUAUCGGCACAGCAGAACUUGGACCCACAAGCACCUGUCUUCAAACCAACAGUUGAGAACAGCCACCCGCCUGGGAUACCGUUUCCCCAGGUACCGCCUACAAUGAACCCGCCCUUUUCGGAAGAUCAGUUUGGGGAACUCAUUAAGAUGUUUGCAGGCCAGAUAACGAUCGGACGGCUUCCACCACCCGAGCCCACAGUCUUCAGCGGUGAUCCCCUCAUGUACCCAGCAUGGAAAGCGGCAUUUCAUACACUAAUAGAAGGUCGAGGGAUACCUAAGAGGGAACAGAUACACUACCUACGGAGAUAUUUGUCGGGCCCCGCCAAAGAGGCCAUUGAAGGUUACCUGUACAUGGAUACUGAGGAGGCAUACAUUAGAGCAAAGGAGGUUUUGGAAAAACGGUUUGGUGAGCCAUUUGUCGUUGCUGAUGCGUUCCGUAAGAAGUUGGAGUCAUGGCCCAAGGUUGGAAAUCGUGAUGGGACGGGAUUGAGGAAACUCAGUGAUUUCCUACAGCAAUGUAAUACAGCAAUGAGUUCCAUUGGUUAUCUCAGCAUUUUGGACGAUUGUCGUGAAAACCGUAAAAUACUGGCCAAGUUACCAGAUUGGUUAGUAUCGAGAUGGGGGAGAAAAGUGUCAGACUAUAAGCUCGUAACUGAACAGUUUCCACCCUUUCGUGUGUUCGCUGAUUUUAUGUCUCGUGAAGCCGACAUUUCUUGUGAUCCUAUCACGUCGCUACAGUCUCUUCACUCUGGUGCCACUGGUAACGCCAGGACAGGGGACAAGCCUACAACAGGGUCGUCGCAUGGGCAUGAAAAGAGAAGCCAUGAAAAGAUGUCUUCCCUUGCUACUGAGACAACUGAACCCAUGAACAGCCAUCGAAAAUCCACUAUGACAGGUUCCUUUGUUGAUAAGAAGAAAUGCGUUUGCUGUGAAGAGGUCCAUAUGCUUGAUGAUUGUCCGGUGUUCUUGGCGAAGACACUGGAGGACCGUAAGCAAUUUGUCAAGGCAAACCGUCUUUGUUUUUCCUGUAUGAAAAAGGCACACCAAGCUAAGGACUGCAAGAGACGCUCCAAAUGUAAAAAGUGUGAGAGAACUCACCCUACUGCACUACAUGAUGAGACACGCUUUAUCCAGGUCAACAGUAUGGUAAAAGACAGUGGAUUGAAGGAAGAUAAGACAGAAAGGGCCAGCGUCAAACAUAGCGGAAUCAACCAUGUUGGCGGUUGUGACAGUGCAUCGGUCAGUAAGAGCUCCAUGAUAGUACCGGUCUGGGUGUCUCACGAGGACCGGCCUGAGUAUGAGAUACUAUCGUACGCCAUGUUGGAUACUCAAUCCGAUACCACGUUUGUAUUAGAGAACACUCGGAAAACGCUUGGCUUGGUUGGGACAAAGUCACAUCUGAGUUUGUCGACCAUGUCUAGAGAAAACGAAAUCAUAGAAACUGUUAAAGUCAAAGGAUUGGUCGUCAGAGGGAUGAACAGUGACUUGAAAAUAAAUCUGCCUCCAUCCUUCAGUCGUGAUGUGAUGCCGAUGAACCGGGAACACAUUCCCACCCCUGAGAUUGCGAAUGUGUGGCCCCACCUGACUAGGAUUGCAUCUGAAUUGCCACCACUCCAGGAUUGCAACGUCGCGCUGCUGAUCGGGUACAACUGCCCCCAGGCCUUGGCCCCAAGAGAAGUUAUAGCCCUCUCCGCUAAUGCACCCUAUGCCCAGAGAACGGAUUUGGGAUGGGGUAUAGUAGGAACCGUAGAUCCGAAUCAAAUCGACAUGACGGGUGACAACAUAGGUGUGAGCCAUAGAAUUGUUACGUAUGGUGACAAAACCAGCGCUGAACAUUGCCAAGAACAAAGAACACUAGUCAUGCCAAACCGUAUUAAAGAAAUCAUCACCAUCCUCGAGUCUGAUUUCAAGGACGCUGAUGUCAAGGACAGUUGCGGACCACAGUCUUAUGAAGACAAAAAGUUCAUGGGCAUACUUGAUGCUGGCAUAGUGCAGCGUGCCGAUGGUCACUACGAGAUGCCACUGCCUUUUAAGGGAAACCGACCAGAGCUACCAGAGAGUCGGGGAAAGGCGCUUAGGAGACUAAAUCAGCUGAAGUUGAAGCUCAACCGGGAACCGGCUUACAGGGAUAAGUAUGUAGCGUUCAUGCAAAGGAUGAUCGAUAAGGGUGAUGCCGAGCUUGUACCAUUGGAUGCUCAGUCAUCAAAAGAGCACUCCUCACAGCAUUGGUACGUGCCACAUUUUGGAGUCGUGAAUGCCAAGAAACCCGACAAAGUCAGAGUCGUCUUCGAUUGCCAAGCAGAAUGUGCCGGACACUCGAUAAAUAAACAUCUGCUGCAGGGACCAGACCUGACCAACUCCCUACUAGGCGUCCUUUGCCGCUUCCGCCAAGAGACCGUAGCAAUCACAUGUGACGUGGAACAAAUGUUCCAUCAGUUUAAGGUAGCUGAGGAGGAUAGAGACUAUCUUCGAUUUUUAUGGUGGUCCGAUGGUAAACUCGAUGAGCAGCCCAAGGAGUACCGAAUGACUGUGCACCUUUUUGGAGGCACAUCAUCCCCAUCAUGCUGCAACUUUGGAUUUAAGCGACUGGCAGAUGACUAUGAAGCUGAGUAUGGACACCAGGCUGCUGAUUUCAUCAGAGAUAAUUUCUACGUUGAUGAUGGCCUAACAUCGCUACCAAGCGAUGGAGAGGUCAUACACUUGCUUGAAAACACUCAGAAACUGUGUAAAGAGGGAGGACUGCACCUUCACAAGAUCAAUUCUAACUCAGACGCUGUGAUCCAGAGUGUAGCAGAAAAGGAUAGAGCCGCUAAGAAUAGUACGCGCCUACUAACUGAGAGCAAUAAUGUCACUACUCAUGAGCCUACACUGGAUCGGGCCCUGGGGAUAUAUACUGGUGUGUAA